UCAAAUCAAACAUUUUCUCCAUUUGAGCAGCGGGUGCGCCGUUGCUUUUCGUGGUGUCGCUGACUGUCUUUGAAACUGGAACUGGCGGACUGCUUUGUGGACUGCGCCAAACCAACCAAACCAACCUGCGCCGAUUACACACCAUCAUCGACAUCGACAUGGAUAUCUGGCAGCUGUUCGAGGAGGAUGAGGCGGAGCAACAAUACGUCUCCACCCAUGCGAGCCCGACAAAGGACAGUGUACCACGGCCACCAGAUCGUCGUGCACAGUGCAACCUCGCAGGGCUGGCCAACUUGGGGACCACAUGCUACCUCAACUCCUUAAUACAGACCAUGUACUUCACACCACAGCUGCGCCAGAGAUUUUACGAACUGACGGAGGCCGAUCUCGGAGAGAGCACAGAUCGGAAUGAUCAGCGCACACGCAAGAUUCCACUCGCCCUUCGGCGCCUGUUUGCGCGGCUGCAGCUGCUGGAGCGCAAGUCUGUGCCCGUGGGGGAGCUGACGGCGGCGUUUGGAUGGCAGCGCAGUCAGGAAAUCCAGCAGCACGACGUGCAGGAGCUUAACCGUGUCCUCUUCGACGCCAUCGAACAAUCGCUGGUAAUGAGCCCUGGGGAGCGGAUCAUCCGGGACAUGUACGAGGGCAAGCUUGUCAACAUUGUGCAGUGCUUGGAGUGCGGCGCUGCGUCACGUCGUGAGGAAUCGUUUCUGGACAUCAGCGUGCCCGUCAAGGAUCUCGUGUCGUUGCAACAAGGGCUGUCCAAGUUCACUGAGAUGGAGCACCUGUGCGGGGACAACAAGUUCCGGUGCAGCGCGUGCGACCGGCUGGUUGAGGCGUACAAGGGCAUUCUCCUCUCGUCGCUCCCGCCCAUCAUCAGCUUCAACCUCAUGCGAUUCAGCUAUGACUGGAACAAAGGCACGCGCACAAAGGAGACCAACGAGUAUGCGUUUCCCGACAUUCUGGACAUGAAACCAUACUGCACAGAGGACACGGAGCUCCCAGAGUACGAGUACGCACUGUAUUCUGUUGUUCUGCACCGCGGCGCCGCCCACAGCGGACACUACUACGCCUACAUCCGCGACGUCUACAACGAAGGCAACUGGUCCAAGCCGGCAUCACCAUCGUCGUCAUCAGCGGCUGGCGAGAAGAAGAAAGCUGUCGACGUUGAUUUCCUCAUGUGCAAUGACGCCGCCACCUGCGUCCACGCGCUGUUACGGUCGAUGGAGCCGUCACAGCUGCCCGUCCCCAUCCAGGACAUGACAAAGGCGCUGUGUGACAAGACAGGCCAAUCAUGGCACAAGCGCUUCAAGCGGACAAACGGGCCGGUUCGCAAGUUCUUGAAGCACCACGCCGCGCUUUUUGAAUACGACCAACAGCGUGACACCGUCACCCUCACAGACCUUGGAUUCUCCACAGAUGUUUGUGACGUGUCUAUUCCAGACAUCGCCGCCGACCAAGCAGCAGCGGACUCCGCAUGCUGGUUUGAAGCCAAUGACGAGAUCAUCUCGGCAAUUCCACACGCCGCCAUCAAGAAGGCGUUUGCUGGUCGGGAUUCAGCGUACAUGCUCUUCUAUGCCCGCAGAGACCUGAUUGCCGCCGCUGCAGAGACGUCCCCGCCAACACCGCCGCAGUCGCUGCGAGCGCUGAUUGACGCGGAGAACGAGGAGUUGGCGCAACAGCGCGAAAAGUACGAGUUUGCAUCGAAUCAACGAACACUUUCGCUGUGUUCGCUCGAUGCGCUGGACUACAGCAACCACAUCUUCACCUUCAAGCAGAACCAGGACGAAGCCUGCGUGACCAUCACAUUUGACCGCCGCCAACCGCUGUCGGCUCUCAUCGCCGCUGCGCGGGAAGCGCUACCGGCUGCCCGCGGCACCACGUUCACAACCCUCCAGCCAUUGGACGACGGCAGCUUCUACCUGACCAACGACGUGUUCGUCACAGACGAGGCGUCGUCGCUCGUGGACGCAUCAUUCCCAAGUGGACCUGUGCUCUUCUGGGAUGGAACUGUUGACGGGAAGAAAAUCAAAUACGGCGAGACGGUGGUGCCUGUUCGCUUGAAGAUCACACACUUUGGCCGAAACAGAUCCGAGGAUUCCAAGUUCACGAUGACAUUCCUGCGAUCAACGUCCCUUCGCGCUGUCCGCCGUGCCCUUGCCGACCACCUCGCCCUCCCCCAGGAAUAUCUCAUGAUCCACAGGCUGGACGCCAGCAGCGCAGAUGAUGAGGACAAGCCUGAUUUCUUGGCUGAGGACCGCGACAACAACACGCUGUUUGAGCUCUCCAUCCGCUACUCUGCCGAGCUGAGUGUUGAGCUUGGCGGACGCGGUGACGCCCCCAUGGCCGAACAGACAUUCGCCCACAAGCAGGCGGUUGUGCCGCUCCUGCUGAAGCCUUCGCCGCAGUCGCGUGACGGCGUGACGGUGGACUUUGAACGGACAGCCACACUGCGUGCUGUGCACAAGAAGCUCGUGGCCUUGUUUGGCGGCAGUGUCAAGGAAACACGCAUGCGUUGGAGCAGUAUUGACGACAUGCUGUCAAAGUGUCCGCGUCUCAUCGUCUCGGAGAACCAACCACUCAAGUCGGCCGGGCUCAAACCCGAUGACGCCGUCAUCAUCGAGGACGGAUCGCUCGCAUUCGCGGACUCUCAGUUUGUGCUCAGGUUGAAACUUGGACCCAAAGCGCUGAGCAAGGCUGCAUCGCACUUUAAGAAAGAAGCAAAAUCGAGCGACGUCCCACUGCAGCAUCGCGUGUGGGAGAUGUUUGUGUCCAAGAGCGAGAGCGUGGAGAUGCUUCAUAACAUGGCCCUCUCCGUGAUGUCGCUUGAGGGCAAGGACUGGCACCUGUGUCAGGCCAACUGGUGCGGGGAAAUUGGCGAGCCGCUCAAUGACCUCAAGGCCCGACUGGACAAGACGACCCUCACCCACAACUCAACCCUCUUCCUCGAACACGGCGCUAUCAACGGCAAGGGCAUGAUCACGGUGGAGGUGUGGCUGAACCUGGACGGCAUCGCCGUUGACGACCACUUGAACAACAUCCUCUCUUCCUCAACACAACAGCAGCAGGCAAACGAAACGCACAAGCAGGGGGCCGAGGAUCAACAGCAGACUGCGGGUGUGGGCAAUGAUAAAGCGACGGAAGCACAGGCAGGUGAUGAUGCUGGCGCAGACACGACGCCCAGCGACGAGGCCCAGGAGCCCGACGAAAGCGAAGAGGAGAAGCGCAUCUGGUGCGAUCCCAACCUCAGGCGCGUAUCAACCGUCAGGGUUGAGGCCACGGCAACUCUGCAGCAACUCAAGGAUGAGAUGAUGAAGCUUGCGGCCGUUCAACACGUGAUCCCGGCCCCAGACUACAUGCGUCUGCGCGAAAAGGUUGGCUAUCGACAGGGGCGAGUGCUGCGCAACAACGCGUCGACGCUAAAGAAACACAAGCUGUUCAACAACGCGGCCGUGUGCAUCACGCACCUCCCGCAAGGGGAAACGCUCACGGACUCGGACAUCUUGUUCAAGGUAUGUUUGCGUGAUCCAACAACGAGAAAGACAAACCCGCCGCAGGAACUUGCCUUCAACGCACAACCGCCAACGUUUGCUGCGUUUAAAGCCUGGCUCUCCAGUGAGACAGGGGUGCCCGUGGAGUCACUUGUGGCUGCAAAGCACCUGGUCAGCAAGGGCGAGUGGACCGUUCUUCGCCAACAGCAGCAGCAGCAGCAGCAAUCCAACAAGAACAAGUCUAAGAAGAAGAAGAAGAACAAGCCGCCAAAGGACAACAUCCGGCAUGCACCGCUGCGCCUUCGCGACGGCGAUGUGAUUGCAGUGAAAGACAGCGCGCUCGAUCCAGACAACACCGACAACUUUGCCACCCCAUACGACGCGCGUGUGCAGGCUGCGUUUGAGGCGUCCAUUGCAUCCAAGCGCUCUGAGCGGCAGCAGCGGCAGGCAAACAACCCCGAGUGGUACGGAAGCAAGGGCGGCGACAGGAAGGAGGUUGGCAUCUCCAUCCAGGUGCCCGACUUUGCGUCGCUGAGUGUUGGCGAUGCCAAGAGCGCUGACAAGGAGGGAACAGGUGGUGGCGGCGGCAGCAGCAAUGGUGACGAUGAUGAUGCGGACGCUGAUAAGGCAGAGGAGCAAUGACACGUUGGUCAUAUGCUUUGUGUCGCGUGGCGUGUGCUUUUUGCUUGAUAACAGUAAACUAACUGCAA